CUUUCACCUCUGUUCUCCUCGCUCUCAUCGCCAUUCACAUGGUGAGCAACAAGCUGACUUUCCGUCCAAAAAAAAGGCAGUUCCUUGCUAACUACGCUGGGAGUGUUCCUCAGUUCUCUCAAAAUGUGCUGCCUCCAUUAUCGCCAUUUAAGCGGAGAUGUUGCCAACUGGUUAGACCGUGCCAAGGAAAACAACGGGGGUUGUUACAGUGAGACCAGUCUGGAAAACGUCAAGAUCCUAGUCAAACUUUUCCCUCUCUUUGGACUUCAGCUUUUAUAUCGAGCUUGCAUUACCCAGAUCCCAUCAGGCUAUUAUCUGCAGACGAUGCAUUCCAACUUAAAGCUCAAUGGCUUUCUCCUGCCUGUAGCAGUGAUGAAGGUCAUCAGUAUACUGCCGGUGUUGAUCUUAGCACCACUGCUGGAGCUUCUCAACUCCUGCUACCAGUCUCCAAAGAAAAUACUGCUCUCACCAGCCACAUUUAUAACUAUGGGUCAUGCCUGUGCAGCUCUCUCAGCACUACUGGCAGGGAUCUCCGAAAUCCACAGGAAGGAUUAUCCACAAGUGGAGCAGACAUUAUCAGGAAAGGUCCUGCAUGUGUCCUCUAUGACCUGUUUCCAGCUUACGCCCCAGUACAUUUUACUGGGAGUGGCGGAGGCCUUUGUGACACCAGCGUGAAACUUCUAUCCUAAUAACCUCAGCAGUGGCAACAUGGAGAGGUUUUUCUUUACUCUGGCCACAUUAAUGGCACUGGUGUUUUGGAGAAUAUCACAAAGGUACGCAGAUCUGAGCGUGGAGCUGAGUAGAGGGGUAGGACACAGUCACCUGUACGAGAAACUCCUGCAGUACAAGACCUGUCUGCGUUUUUAUGACACAUUGGAUCGUUCGGACACCCUGACGUCCAUGGAAACUGUCUUGUGAAUUCAUCGUACAUAUAAACCCUGUAAUGCUGGCGUUACACAAGAGACUUUGAACGGA